UGAAAGAAGCCUCGACUGGCCAUCGACGGCAGACUCCAGCGCUUGUAGCAUAGGGCCUUUAAAGUUCUACAAUGAAUUGCUGGAUAUCUCUCAGCAGGAAGCGGUGUCCUUUUCCCUGGCACAGAAAGAACUUGCCAUUAUUCACGGACCACCCGGCACUGGCAAAACCACCACGGUGGUAGAGAUAAUACUCCAAGCUGUGCAGCAAGGCCUGAAGGUCCUGUGCUGUGCCCCAUCAAAUGUGGCAGUAGAUAAUCUAGUGGAGAGACUUGCCGCUUACAAGGUGAGGAUCCUGCGUCUGGGUCACCCAGCUCGUCUCUUGGAGUCCAUCCAGCAUCAUUCCCUGGAUGCGGUUUUGGCCCGUGGAGAUAACGCCCAGAUCGUGGCUGACAUCAGGAAGGAUAUUGACCAGGCAUUCGCCAAGACCAAAAGGACUCAAGACAAGGGAGAGAGAAGCCAUUUUCUAAAUGAGAUAAAGACCUUGAGAAAGGAGCUGAAGGAGCGAGAAGAAACUGCUAUGACUACAGUCCUUACCCAGGCUGAUGUUGUUCUUGCCACAAACACAGGUGCUUCCCCUGAUGGCCCCCUGAAGCUACUUCCUGAAAAUCACUUUGAUCUGGUAGUGAUCGAUGAAUGUGCCCAGGCCCUUGAAGCAAGCUGCUGGAUACCUCUGCUGAAAGCCAGAAAGUGCAUCCUGGCUGGGGAUCACAAGCAGCUACCACCCACAAUCAUAUCUCACAAGGCUGCCGCCAAAGGUCUUUCUCUCAGUUUAAUGGAGCGUCUAAUUCAGAAAUAUGGCGAGAGCAUCGUGAGGAUGCUGACUGUGCAAUAUCGGAUGCAUCAAGCCAUAAUGCAGUGGGCUUCCACAGAAAUGUAUGGUGGCCGACUCACAGCUCACCCUUCUGUGGCUCAUCAUUUGCUGAAGGACCUGCCGGGAGUUGCUUCUACUGAAGAGACUAGGAUACCAUUACUGCUCGUAGAUACCGCUGGCUGUGGUUUAUUUGAACUUGAAGUGGAAGAUGAGCAGUCUAAAGGGAACCAAGGGGAGGUGCGCCUUGUUGGCUUGCAUGUCCAAGCAUUGGUGAACGCUGGUGUUAAAGCAAAAGACAUCGCUGUCAUUGCUCCUUACAACCUUCAGGUAGACAUGCUAAGAGAGCACCUGUGUCACAAGUAUCCAGAGCUAGAAAUUAAAUCAGUUGAUGGUUUCCAGGGAAGGGAAAAGGAGGCUGUCAUACUGUCCUUUGUGAGAUCCAACAGGAAGGGGGAGGUGGGCUUUCUCGCCGAAGAUCGGAGAAUAAACGUGGCCGUCACCCGUGCGCGACGCCACGUGGCAGUUGUCUGUGACUCUCGAACCGUCAGCAACCAGGUCUUUCUGAAGCGAUUAAUGGAUUACCUCAGUGAGCAUGGGGAAGUGCGGACAGCCUUCGAGUACCUUGAUGACAUUGUGCCAGAAAACUACUCUCAUGAGAACUCUCAGGGUCACCCCGAGCAAGGGGAGGGACCCAAAACUGUUCCAUUGUCCACUCCAAAACUUCAGCCCCAUGGCCAGAAAGCCAAACCAGCUCCAGGAAAACCCAUUCUCCCAAAGCCAAGCAUAGGUCCUGCAGAGAGUAUGAAUGGCACUGGGAAGGAGAGGAUGGAGGUAAAGGACAAUUCAGCCAAGUUCAAAGCCAUGCUAGUGGAUUUCCUGGAGAGCAGCAAGGCCCAGCUGGAUUUCCCUCCUUCUUUAAAUUCUCACGACAGGAUGCUGCUCCACCAAAUGGCUGAAGAAUAUGGGCUACAGCAUGUCAGCACUGGCGAAGGGAGACAGCGGUACCUCAGCAUCCGCAAGAGACCCCCUGCCACUGUCUCUGCUACAGUGACUAACAAAGCCAAUGAGCAGGCUCCAUCUUCUGAGUCAGAAAGGACCCCAAGAGAAGCCCCCAGCCCUGGUCAGACAGGAGGGAGCAGCAUGAGCUCAGGGAAAGUCGAUCUGAAAAUGCUGCACCUGGAGAGGAUGCAACAGGAAAAAGCCAAGUGGGAAGAGAGGGCGAGAAGAACCCAGGAGUCAAGUGUGAAUCUCGUAGAGACAGCAGGAAAGAAGCACAAAAAUGAAGCCAAAGGUAAGAGUGCCACAAAAGCAGACAACACUACAGCUGAAGAAGACAUCGACACCUUGAUUUCUGCUGUGGUUAAAGCCGACAACACCUGUGGUUUCCCCCGGUGUAAAGCCAGCGUUACCACCUUGGGACAGCUUUGCCUGCAUUGUAACAAACGCUACUGCCUCAGCCAUCACAUCCCAGAGGUUCAUGGGUGUGGGGAGAAAGCCAAAGUGCAUGCACGGCAGAGGAUCAGCAAAGAAGGGGUUCUCUAUGCUGGGAGUGGAUCAAAAGACAAGUCUCUGGACCCAACCAAAAGAGCUCACCUGCAGAGACGCCUCGAUAAAAAGCUGAAUGAAUUAAGCAACCAGAGAAAGAGCAAAAAGAAAGACCAGGAGAAAUGAGGGCUUUGUUCUAAUGUAUCCCAACCUGUUUCCCUUUGGGGAUUGAUAUUAACAUUGAAAACACAGGAUGGGACUGGAAAAACCAUAGAAGAUCUUUGAUGUACUAUCCUUUAUAAACUUAGCUCUUCCCAAGCGAGACGUACAUAUUUUUUUGGAGGUGUUAAUGGCUUUGUAUGUGUAGACUGUGCUGGAAAAUAAGUAUCUGUCAAGACCAUCUGAAAAAGCAGUACUGUUAGGUGCAGAGGGGGAAGGCGAACCAUUUUGUUUGGAGUAAUUAUCUUUAUUGACAGGGUAAUAAAUGUAUACUGAGAGGAUACACAGAGUAUUGCAAUAAAGAGUGGUAUGAAAGCACCUAAAGCAAUAAGCUGUCAAUGUGACGUUCCAUUGUGAUACAACAAUAAUAUGAUAAAUGUCUGUAGGAUAUAGAAUGAGAACCUUGUAACCAAUGGUGUGGGAGUAAUUUUAAAGCCCCAGGUGACUCAAAGCAUUAAGAAAACAUAGCAGAAUAAAAAUAGUAUAACUGCUUCAGUUCUCCAGCCCAGAAAUCACCUUUGUAUACUGAAGAGCAAGGAAGAUUUUUUUGUUGGAAGAAAAUGAAAUUUUCCAGGUCACCCAACUGAGACGUAUUUGCUAACAAUGUGAGGAGGCAGACAGGUCAGGUGUUUUCCCACUCUGAGAGUGUUUAACUGCUGCAAAUAUCCAUUUGCAAACCACUUUAAAUGGGCUGGAAUGUGGUUGAGACUAAGGAAGCCAUUGUAUUUGCUUAAACAUACAGUCAAAUGAAAGAAGAUAAGAUGGCAUCAUACC